CUCUCCUUUGUUUCCCCCACAGUGGCUACAGGCUUUGUCCUCCGCCAGUGUGGCAGUGAUGGCCAAUGGGGAUCUUGGAGAGAUCAUUCGCAGUGUGAGAACCCAGAAAAGAAUGGGGUCUUUCAGGAUCAAAAGCUGAUUUUGGAGCGGAUGCAGGUCAUGUACACCGUGGGCUACUCCCUGUCCCUGGCCACACUGCUGCUAGCCCUGCUCAUCUUAAGUUUCUUCAGGACGCUGCGCUGCACUCGCAACUACAUCCACAUCAACCUGUUCACAUCUUCCAUGCUGCGGGCAGCGGCCAUCCUCACCCGAGACCGUUUGCUACCUCCACCUGGCCCCUACCCUGGGGACCAGGCCCCUGUCCUGUGGAACCUGGACCUAGCUGCCUGCCGCACGGCCCAGAUCGUGACCCAGUACUGCGUGGGUGCCAACUACACUUGGCUGCUGGUGGAGGGUGUCUACCUACACAGUCUCUUGGUGCUUGUGGGAGGUUCCGAGGGGGGCCACUUCCGCUGCUACCUGCUUCUCGGCUGGGGGGCCCCCGCGUUUUUCGUCAUUCCCUGGGUGAUCGUCAGGUACCUGUACGAGAACACGCAGUGCUGGGAGCGGAAUGAUGUCAAGGCCAUUUGGUGGAUCAUACGCACCCCUAUCCUCAUGACCAUCUUGAUUAAUUUUCUCAUCUUUAUUCGCAUUCUUGGCAUCCUUGUGUCCAAGCUGAGGACGCGACAGCUGCGCUGCCCGGACUACCGCCUGAGGCUGGCUCGCUCCACGCUGACGCUGGUGCCCCUGCUGGGCGUCCACGAGGUGGUGUUUGCUCCGGUAACAGAGGAACAGGCCCGGGGUGCCCUGCGCUUCAUCAAGCUCGGCUUUGAGAUCUUCCUCAGCUCGUUCCAGGGCUUCCUGGUCAGCGUCCUGUACUGCUUCAUCAACAAGGAGGUGCAGUCGGAGAUCCGUCGCUGCUGGCACCGCCGUCGCCUGCGCCACAGCCUCGGGGAAGAGCAGCGCCAGCAGCCCGAGCGCGCCUCCGGGACCCUGCCCUCGAGCUCAGGCCCCUGCCGGGUCGCCCCUGACCGCGGCCUGUCCUUGGGGACCCUCCCAGGGCCUGGGGACGAGGCCAGCCGGGUCUCGGAAAGUUACUGCUAGGCAGCGGGGAUCCUGUGUCCAUUCGAGAUCGCACGUAUUUAUUGAGAGCCUACUGUGUACCAGGCCCAGUGUGGAGGGCG